AUGGAUUACGAGAAGCUAGUGAACGAUUUUCGACAAGCUUUCAAUGCCGGGAUGAUGAGUAGUGCUGCAAACCGACGAAAGCAGCUGGAAGCGUUACGAACGAUGCUGAUCGAAAACGAAGAAGAAAUUUGUGAAGCCGUUUAUAAGGACCUUCACCGGCCAAAAAAUGAAACAGUAUCGUUCGAAACAACUUUCUUGGUGCUCGAAAUAACAAAAACGCUUGAUGAAUUUGAAGGAUGGAUGAAACCAACAAAGGUCUGGUCUACUUGA